AAAAGCAGUCUCACUGCAAGCCGUUUGUAGGAAUAAAAGUCAGCGCUUUUUUCUAAGUUCGGGGUUGUGUGCAUGAGCAGCGAGUGACCACCGACCCUCAGCUGCUUAUUCCUCUCUAGUCUGAAGGAAACUCGGCAACCUGGCAUCUCAAGAGAGAAGAAGGUCCGGUGUGUGGAGGGAAAGUCUUCUCUGGACCUGCGACCCUCCAGUCCACCCCGCCAGGACCUCAGCCGUUCUCCUGCUCUUUCCUCCUGCCGGAACCUCCGCCCUCCUCCACACCGGGACCAGCACCAUGGACAGCUCCGGCAUACUCCGCGGACUGCUGUGCGCCGGCCUGCUGAUCGCCCUGUGUCGCGGCCAGGCGUCCCAGGAAGUCUCCGCCGAGGACUUUGGGGUUGAGAAGCCUGAUGCGGCCGCAGACAAAGACCUGUUAGAGGCGCUGGAGGCUGUCCUGGGGAGGAUGCACAGCCGGGUUUCCUCCACCGAGAAGAGAGGCAUCCCGAUGUGCGGGAUGGGUGAUAAGUGUGCGAUGAAGUUCGGGCCCCGCAUCGGGAGGCUGUGUGACUGCGGCAGGGGGGGCAGCUGUAACUCCUACCUUCUCAAGUGCAUCUGAGGCACCGAGGCUCUGCACAGAAACAGAAACAGCAGCAGGGCCGGUCCAGAGCAGCCAACACCACUCACCUCCCCUACAAGUUAUGCAGCAUCCUCAAACCAGACCGACAGUCUUCUUUUUUUCAUCUCCUCCAUUAUCAUUACUGUUAUUGUGCUGUUGUGUUUUAACAGUUGUUUCCUGAGGAAGAGCAUGAAUUUUUGUAGCAGCACUGAUUA